GAGCGCAAAAUCACAGAGUACAAAAUCCUACGCAAAUCUCUAGCUAAGGUGAGUGCAGAGAUCUCUCGGACAAUCGCACUACAGCACUACUUCCUGAUUGAGGAUCACAAUAAUGCAUACAACAAACUCGUAGCGCUCAAACGUCAACUAGCACCAACCAGCUCCAAUCGCCAACAGAUACUUGUAGAGCAAUACCAAGCUCUUCAAAAGAAACCACGCAAGGACUUUAACGCAUGGCUGAGCGAAUGGCUACAAACUGUUGGGCAGUGCAGAAGAGCAAAUCUUCCAGAUGUCCAGGGUACCCGCGCGCAAACCAACUUCCUUCGCACGAUUAAGCCUCUAGCACCAGAGUUCGCAGCCAGCGCACUGCUCUAUAUUAUAGAGAAAGAGGACUGUAAUGAUCUUGCAUCAAUUCCAAGCCUGGAAGACUACGUCUCUCGAUACCGCACCUGGCACCGCACUAUGAACCCU